AUGGCACAGCUGGAGGAGCAUGGGCCUUCCAUCUGUGGGGUGAGUACUGUCAGUAUCGGGCUCACGACCUCGACCUCCGACCGUGAAAUGCCAGCUGUGGGCUCCUUGGCGCGUUUGGCCAAGGAGCCGGAGCCCAACGAAUGGAUGGCCAGGAUCCAGGAAUCACUCCAAAACAUAGAGCUGUCCGUCUCUGCCCAAGCGGCAUCCAUGGAGCAACUUGUUAUUGCCAUAGGGCAGCUGACCCCGAAGAGCAGUCCAUCAAACGAACGGACGCCUGAACGAUUUCCGGGAUCCGAACGGCCUGCUGAGAACGUGGCAUCGAUUCCGGUGCCCGGAGAAAUGCCACCGGCGCUGCCCCCUAUGGUGCUAGGACGCGUAGCCGAACAGUCAGAGGAGAGCGAGUUCCCACGGUCGGACGCCAGCUUUCGAAAGAGUAAUGCUUCUCGCCGCCGGAGCCGCCAUAGCAGUGGAGAUGGUCGUGCUUCGCAAGCUCUUGACAGAUUUCUUGCAAGUCGCGAUCCUCAGUCCGGCCAGUACGGCAUGAUGAACGAGCUGGAAGAGCAUCAUGCCUUCCGGCUCAUUCAGGCGCGUCGAACCGGCAGAGCCCACUCCCAGACGAAGAAGCCUCGCGCACGAUCAAAGGAGACUCCAGCUCGACCUGACUCGCCAUCUCCGAAGAGGAGGGCACCAACCAUCACCAGCAGAGCCGGUGCAGAGGACAAGGAGGUGAUGCUAAGCAGAGUGCGACGGGUGUCCCUGGAGGAUCUUCGAAACAACUACGAUGCAGUUCUGGUUAGCCGAGCAAAGCUUCCUACAUCAACCUGGGAGACGGAAAAUGCUACAGCACUGACCCGUGUUGCUUGGUGCCUUCUGUGCGUGACGGGCCUUCUGACGUUCCGGGAUGGGCGCUUCUUUCGGCUGCUAUCCUGGAUGAGCUUUGCGGUCAUACCUGGGUGUGCCACAUUGGCUCUCGCAAGUUUCAGCCUCACCGUUGGUGCCGAUGUCUCGGUGGUGGUCAGCUUGUGUUGCUUCGCCUGCGGGGUUCUCGUGGCCACCGUGAGCCUCAAGCAUGCCGGGAUUUCUUUGCUCCUGGGUCCCUCUGAGGCUGCCCUGGAUGAGUACGCCGCGGAGGCUGGCUUCCUGCGAGACUGGUGGAAGGUCUCCAGGUGGCGGGCUGUUGAAGUUGCGGUUUUCUCGGCGGUCACCCUGUUGGUCAAGGCGUCGCUGAAUCUUCUUCUGACCGGCAGUGUGCUGGGAGCCACGAGCACGGUCUUGGAGAUAUGGACCGGGGUUGUCUUUUGGAUACUCGCAGUCUAUUUCGUGGCGCUUGCCUACCUGCACCUGCACAUAUGUUGCGGCCUGGAGCUGGCUGUGGACAGCUUCGGCCUUCGCUUCUUCAAGGAGAUGAACAUGGAGCAGGCCAUACAAGAGUGGAACCAGGUGCAGGCGACCCUUCGCCAGGUCUCCCGGAAACUGAGCGGUUCGCUACUUUUGCUGGGCUCCUCCUGCUUGGCUUGCCUGGCCAUCCUGGCAGAGAAGGUCAUCCAGCAGCCGGGCAUGUUGACUGAUCCGGCGCUGUUGCUGCCCUGGGUCGGAUGGUUCUAUCCCCUCAUCCUGCUGUUCCUCUACACGAUGUUCCGCGCUGCCGCAGUUACCGAGAAGGCAAGCCGCGUUGCCCCUCUGAUCAAUGCAUGGACUUUUCAAGACCCGGAUCAAGACGAAGAGCAGGACACUUGCUGGAUGGACCAGGAUCGGCAGUACGUCGUCCAGUACAUCAACCAGAGCGAGGCCGGAUUUUACAUCCGCGGGGCGCGGCUCACAGUCUUCAACGUGCAGAAGAUGGCGUUCCUGGCCGGGGAUUUGGGGUUUGGGGUUUGGGGGAUUUGGGUUUGGGGCGGAUUUGGGGUUGAUGGGAUUCGCAGUUCAGGGUAUAGGGGAUUUGGGGUUUGGGGUUGA